AUGAGCGAGGCGCGAGCUGCGAGGAAAAGACUGGAUAAACGUAUUUGUCCCACAAAUGGGAGACUCGACGAGAAGAUUGGCACCCUUCCUCGUUCGACAACGCGAACCCCAAUCGCGUUGAAGGGACUUCCCACCCCACUGACCAGGCCUGUCUCUUCAACAUUUGGCCCACGGCUCGGCGAGCCGUUCAAUUUCGCAACGAAACCAGAGAAGCUUGAUUCCACAUUCAAGCUUGACCAUGAACAAGAUGCCCUGGACGACAUGUUCCUACACGAGGGGUCUGCCUUUAUGGAGGCAGCAGAACUUGAAAGUUGUCUCAACGAGCACGAAGUGCACACUUCGAUAGAGAACGACCUGGACAUUACCAUGAUGAUCAGGUCUGAUGGCUAUGAAGCGGAUACGUGA